CACAGCUCCGCCCAUUAUCUCCUCCUCCUCCUCCACCGUAAGAUUCUCUGCAAAAUUAUUAACAGAGAGAGUGGACUCACGCUCCUCUAUCCAGUACUAUAACUCACGCCACCAUAACACAUACAUGCGUUUAUGCGUACACAGCGGGAGAUGAUUUCGGGAACAAUCGAGCGGGAAAGGAAGGAAUCGCGGAUUUCUCGUCGGGACAAUCUCUCAUGAAUUCGCCUCCUCGAUUCGAUCCGCUGCAAUCUCGAUUGUUCGCAUUGCUUGAUUUCGCGAUCGGGGGAGAUUUACAGGGCCGAGUGCGGUAGCGCGCGCGGAGAGCUUUUUGUUUUGCGGCGAAUGGAGGAGAGAGGCGGCGGCGGCGGAGGAUCAUUCGUGGCUGUGAGGAGGAUAUCUCAGGGCCUCGACAGAGGAAGCACUUGCCAUUCCAAUUCUGAGGCUGUCACAGGAUCAGCUGCAUGGCUUGGCAGGGGGUUAUCAUGUGUUUGUGCUCAAAGACGAGAGAGUGAUGCUCGUCUCUCAAUCGAUUUGACACCUUCACAGGAGGAAUGCUUGCAGAGGCUACAGAGCCGUAUAGAUGUUGCUUACGAUAGUUCAAAUCCUGAACAUCAGGAAGCUUUAAGGGCUCUAUGGAAUGCGGCUUUCCCCGAGGAGGAACUCCGUGGCCUAAUAUCAGAGCAGUGGAAAGACAUGGGUUGGCAAGGGAAAGAUCCAUCUACUGACUUUAGGGGCGGUGGAUUUAUAUCACUGGAAAAUUUAUUAUAUUUUGCUAAGAACUUCCCGAAAUCCUUCCAGGAUCUUCUUCGAAAGCAGGAAGGUGACAGAGCCCUGUGGGAAUACCCAUUUGCUGUUGCUGGUGUUAACAUUACCUUCAUGCUUACUCAGAUGCUUGAUAUAGAAGCAGUAAAACCACGGAACCUGGUAGGAGCAUCAUUCUUGAAAUUUCUGGCAGAUAAUGAAUCCGCAUUUGACCUUCUCUACUGUAUUGCGUUCAAGCUGAUGGAUCACCAAUGGCUUGUCAUGCGUGCCUCGUACAUGGACUUCAAUGCAGUGAUGAAGGCUACAAGGAGGCAACUGGAAACUGAACUUCUACAAGACAACGUGACACGGCUCGAAGAUUUGCCCUCGUACAAUCUCCUCUGCUGAUGGUUUUGUACGUUAUGUGGCUUUUUUCCAGUUACGUUUUCCAACACGGUACAUUAGUUCCAUUACAUGGCAUUUGUCAAUGCGCUGUUUUUACAUCUUUUGCUUGGACUAUAGGUGUUUUUCUCGGCUCGUAAACGACAAUUUUUUUUUACACAUAUCUCUCUUGUAAUCAUAUUAUUCUUCUUUUCUGCUAUAGAAAGAGUUGCUAUAGAAACAUGCAUUUUGGUUCCUAGACAGAUGGAUCAGUAGAUCUUAAAAUAGUAAGUGGACCAAGACAGAUACAUGAUAAGCAUCUGUACUAAAAUAUAUGUUCACUACAUUG